ACGGCCCCCAGCGAAUUUAAUGCAUCCGCAGCUUUAUAGUUUAUCCAACAAAUCUCAACGAAAACUGAAUAUAUAUCAUACACCCAACAAAUUAGUUAUCUCACUGCAGUUUGGUUCAUCUCUCUCUCUCUCUCUCUCUCUAACCUUCUCAAGCGUCUGGGUGCCCUCCCCUCCUCUCCCAUUUUUAUCCACAUCCACCAUUGCUCUCCCUCUCUCUCUCUCUCUCUCUCUCAAUCGGAUCUUCGCAUUUCUUGGAAGGAUCUACGCCAUGUCACGCCCCUGAUUUGGCUGAAUCUGCAAUCGCUAGUGUGUUGAUGAAGAUAAUGAGAAGAAGGAACUGAUGAAUUCGUGUUGUUUUAUGGAUCGUGUGGAAUGGGACCGACAGGUGUCGUGACCGCGUGUGGAGAAGGGUUGAGCCAUGGCGAGCAAGGUUGCGGGGAGCUGGAAGGACUCGUACAGGGGCAUGUCCUCUGAUAACAUCAAGGGUUUGGUCUUGGCUCUCUCCUCUAGUUUUUUCAUCGGGGCAAGCUUCAUUGUCAAGAAGAAGGGAUUGAAGAAGGCCGGUGCAUCUGGUGUUAGGGCGGGUUUUGGUGGUUAUUCUUACCUAUACGAGCCUCUUUGGUGGGCUGGCAUGAUAACAAUGGUCGUUGGUGAGGUUGCUAAUUUUGCAGCAUAUGCCUUUGCGCCAGCUAUUCUAGUCACUCCUCUUGGUGCACUCAGUAUCAUUAUCAGUGCUGCACUUGCACAUAUAAUUUUACAGGAGAAGCUACACAUUUUUGGGAUUCUUGGUUGCAUUCUUUGUGUUGUGGGAUCAACUACAAUUGUUCUACAUGCUCCUCAAGAACGUGAAAUCGAUUCUGUGAGGGAAGUGUGGGAUCUUGCUACCAAGCCAGCUUUUCUUUUUUAUGCAGCUUUGGUGAUAGCAGUAGUUUUCAUACUCAUAAUUCAUUACGUCCCACAAUAUGGGCAGACACAUAUAAUGGUUUACAUUGGAGUUUGUUCACUUGUAGGCUCAUUGUCGGUUAUGAGUGUCAAGGCACUUGGGAUUGCUUUGAAGUUAACAUUUUCGGGAAUGAAUCAAUUGCUAUAUCCCCAAACAUGGGCCUUCGGAAUUGUUGUUCUUACAUGUAUCAUUACUCAAAUGAACUAUCUAAACAAGGCUCUUGAUACAUUCAACACAGCUGUUGUGUCGCCUAUAUACUAUGUGAUGUUUACAUCAUUAACCAUUUUGGCCAGUGUAAUUAUGUUUAAGGACUCAGAUCGGCAAAACCCAACUCAAAUUAUCACAGAGAUGUGUGGAUUUGUGACCAUCCUUUCUGGGACUUUUCUUCUUCACAAAACAAAAGACAUGGUUGAGGGUUUGUCACCAUCUGCGCACAUGCGCCUCCCUAAGCAUACGGAAGAAGAUGAAUAUGAUUGUGAAGGUAUCCCUCUUCGGCAUCAGGAAUCCUUGCAAUCAGCAUAAAUGUAUUCUUUAAUUCAUUGAUCUGCCGUUGGGGGUGAAACAUUGCCAUCAUCAACUUGUAUCUUAUAACAUAUUGGGCUGGGCCAAUAACCUUUCAAAAUUCUGUGCGCAAGGAUGGCAACGAAUCUUCUUGGGUUGAAAAGAAACAGAAUGAGCUGAUUACUUACCAGUCCUGCCAUGUCUGCUUCUCCCUUCCCUUGUUCUUAUAGGGGACAGUUUUUGGAAAUUGUAAUGACCAGCACAUUGGUUAUAUACAGUGUAUCUGUGAGUGGGAGAAAAAGAGGUGGGGAGAAAAAAAAAUACAGAAGCCCCCAUCAUAUUGAAUCAGAAUUGUUGCUCAAAAAAACCAAAUUUUCAAUGGGAAGUGGCCCUCGUAAUUCCUUCUGAGUAUCUGAAACCGUUUAACGGAUGGAGUUGGUUGACUCUUAUGCCAGCAUGCCUCUUUUCGGAUCAAUUCAAAUUAUUCAUAUUGGCUACAGUAAAAUGGCUGCCUGGUGCAGCACUUUGAGACAUGGAUAAAAUGGAAGGUUUAUUCAUCAUUUAUUGUUCAA